CCAAGCAGAAACUGGAGGAUCGUCUCGCAGCUGCAGCCAGGGAGAAGCUGGCCCAGGCAUCUAAGGAGUCCAAGGAGAAACAGCUACAGGCAGAGAGGAAGAGGAAGGCAGCACUCUUCCUACAGACCCUCCGCAGCCCCUUUGCUGGAGAGCCUGAGGCCAAGAGAGUUGAGCUAGACUCAUCUGCACAGCUUGAGAUGCAAGAAGCCCUUUCUGUUCUGUCUGACCUUGCGCCUACUCAAGUGUCCUCUGCGCCACCUGCGUAUCCUCAGGAUCAAAGGCCCCCUGCGGAGAACCAAGGGGCCUAUCGCAGCAGGGAUGCCCCAUCCUGCUCGUCCUCCUCAUCCUCCCACAUUACCUCCAGAGGAGCAGACAGAGAGAGAGAGAGAGAGAGAGACAGAGACCGCGACCGAGACAGAGAUAGAGAUAGAGAUAGAGAUAGAGACAGAGACAGAGACAGAGAUAGAGAUAGAGACAGAGAACGAGACAGAGACAGGGAUAGGGAUAGGGAUAGAGAUAGAGAUAGAGACAGAGACAGAGACAGGAACAAAGGGAGGGACAAAGAGAAAAAGAAGAAAAAACACAAGCGGAGGUCAAGGUCAAGGUCCAAGAGCAGACACUCCCUUCCUAGUGCCUACAGGAGAGCCCGCAGGUCCCGAUCCCGCUCACACUCCCCGGGGAGAAGGGACAGGAGGGGCAACUCAUCAGACAGGAGACGUGAAGAGAGAGAGCGGGAGCGCCAUCAUCCUAGCAGCAGCUCCGGCCUGCCCAGGGGGCAUUCACGAUCCAGGUCCCCUCCUGAAAAAAGCAGGAGCUCCUUGUCAUCCUCAGGGCAGAUGCAAACUGUGGGUUUCUCACUCUCUCCAUAUUCCUCACCUGGCAGAGUUUUGUCCCAUCGGCUAGCCCUGCCUCCAGCCUGGCCCACUCCAGGGGUGGUUCUCAGGAGAAAGACAAGGCAGUGUCCUCAUCUAUAGUAUCCUCUGUUCAGUCCAAAAUAACUCAGGUAUUGUUCUUUGCUUUUAUCCCUGAUACGUCCUC